UUGGUCGGUGUCCUGUGGCCGGAGCCGCGAGUCGGGGAGGGGGUACUGUCAAGUGUGCUCCCUCUCCGGCCUCUAGGUCACCAGCCUGCUCGUUAUGGCGUACACCUGUCACCUUCGUUACACGCACAUGCGCGCACAUGCGCAUCAUCAGACUCCUGGACACCGGGACUUCAUCACUUGCCUGAUUACCUUCCCUAUAUAUGUCACUCCCUUUGGUUCAUUCCCUAGGCGUUACUGUUUCUGUUUCUUUGUGAAGUAUGUGCAUUGUUCGUGUUUUCUUGUUUUGUAUUAUGUUACGUUUAUUUAUUUAAACACUCACUCCCAGAACUUGCUUCCCGACUCUCAGCACACUCGUUACAUCACUAUUGAUAUUUAUUGCUUUGAACUAAACAAAUUGGAAGGACACAUUUUACAUUUUACAUUUUACAGUAUUUUAUGGAAAUUAUAAAUGAGCCCCAUUCAACACAAAUUAAGGCCGGUCUACACACCACAUGAGGGACAGAAUUGUACUGUGUGUGUUUGCAUAUGUGUCUUGAACUCUGUGAAGCAUAUAUUUGGGCUGCAAUCUGAGGUGCAGUUAACUCUAAUGAACUUAUCCUCUGCUGCAGAUCCUGUGGCGGUUCUCAUUGAGAGCCAGUUUCAUCAUAGCGCAUGAUAGUUUUUACAACUACACUUGAAGAAACGUUGAACGUUAUUUUACAUUUUCUGCAUUGAUUGACCUUCAUGUCUUAAAGUAAUGAUGGACUGUUGUUUCUCUUUCUCGCCAUAAUAUGGACUUUUACCAAAUAGGGCUAUCUUCUGUAUACCACCCCUACCAUAUCACAACACAACUGAUUGGCUCAAAUGCAUUAAGAAGGAAAGAAAUUCCACAAAUUAACUUUUAACAAGGCACACCUGUUAAUUGAAAUGCAUUACAGGUGACUACCUGGAUAGAAGGCCAAGAGUGUGCAAAGCUGUCAUCAAGGCAAAGGGUGGCUACUUUGAAGAAUCUCAAAUAUAAAAUAUGUUUUGAUUUGUUUAACACUUUUUUUGUUACUGUAUGAUUCCAUAUGUGUUAUUUCACAGUCUGCACUAUUAUUCUGCAAUGUAGAAAACAGUACAAAUAAAGAAAAACCCCAUACUGAGUUGGUGUGUCCAAACUUUUUACUGGUGCUGUAUGUCCAUUAAUCUCUGGAAUGCAUUUUAAGCCAUUACAUGCAUUUUAGCAAAUACAUUCUAUGUGACUUAAAUGUAUUGAACUGUAUUUUUUUCUCAUCUGGGUUAAGAACAAAACAGUACUUUAUUAGCCACGUGUCAAAUCAUUAUUUUCUCUCUCGUCUCUUAUGUGCCCUCAUACUCUUCAUUAUCUCUGCUCUUCAUUCUUAUACUUUUGCUCUCCUUUCCUCUCUCUCUCUCCGUCCCCAUUCCUCCCGUUCUCUCAAACAGAGAUGUGUUGAAACUACCCCAGCUGAAGAAUCUGAACUCCUUAGAUUUAUCCCUCCCAAGAGCAUAACAAAAACCAUUUGACGAUAAUCAGGCCAACAUUGCAGUGGUACCGAAUUCGUCACUUCUUUACUGAGUGCGUUUUUGCAAAUCAAGCACUUUCAGUUGGGAAAGACAUCAGGAAUUAGAACUCAAAGGGUCUCCCGAUUGGCGCAGAGGUCUAAGGCACUGCAUCACAGUGCUAGCUGUGAUGUCUGUAACUACCAAUUGGGGAGAAAAAGGGGUAAAAACAAAUAUGAUAAAACAUUUAUAAAAACUAACUUAGAAAUUAGAACUUACAACAUAUAACUCAGAACUAUGGACUAUCAUUAUAGUGAAUAAUUUGAAGCCUCCUUAAAUGAAAUAUGCUGUUGUCAUUGCAAGAGAUUCAGCAUGUCAAAAUCAAUGUGAUUGCGUGUUUUUUCUUUCUGAAACAAUAACAUGCAAGAGAUAAACCUAGCUACAUCCAGUUACAUAAUAGCAGGCCUAUAUGGGUUGAUGUUCUGGAAUAAUUAAUCUGUGUUGUUCCAACAUAUGUGAAAGGUAAAAUAAUUUUCCCUUUGACGAACACAAAUAAUAGCAUGUUCCAUGUUCGAUCCAGAUGACAGAGUUAGUAAGACAGAAAGUCAGGACCUUUGUUUGGCUUGGGAAUCGGACCCGGUUCUAAUAAAGAGUUCUGAGGUAUUUUCGCCUCAUGAUUUCUUCAUGACUUUUAUGCAGAUGUGGUGACUCACAUGGAUUCUCACUCAUGCUUUUAUGAUGCACACAUUCCAGGAAUCUAUACCAUAUGUGCUCAUAAAAUAUCCUGUAAUUUCGCGUAACUGCAUCAGCUUGCAUGGAAACCGUUACUGUUGAGGAUAUUUAAGAUGAAUAAAGUACAUAUUCAGUUAAGAGUAAUUGACACAAUGCCUAUUAUAUUUACAUGUUGUCCCUUUCUGUAAUAAACAUUAUUUCCUGUGUUCUAUUUUGUGACACAUUUGUGUACGGUUUGAAGGUCACUAGACUUGAUACUGAAUGUUAUGGAUUGUUCUCAUAUCUGUUGAUAAUGAUUCAUGCCAGACUGUAGGUAAAAGGACCGAGGACACUGAUUGUGAAUGGCGGGUGUUUACAGAACUUUGGUGCUGUGAGAUAAAGGGCUUGCUUACAGAAAGUGAGUUAGACAUUUUCUAUGCUUCUAUCUUGGAGGUUGCCUCCCUGUUGUAACUUGUAUUAAACAUUUUAAAGUGCUAUAAGACAACCAAAUUUAACACUGAUUUACAGUCAUUUUCACACGCCCUCCUUUAAGGGCCUUAUCUUUUAUGACAAGGAAGGACUCAAACUCUCUUAAGCCUCAACACUCCCCCUUCAACCUCCCCCUUCCCCUAUCUCAAGUUCACACGCCACGUUCAUGCUAGCAGUGUCUGCACAGCAGGUAUGUGUGCGUGUGACUGCUGUUCUGCUGGCUCACGGUCUAGAGCUACGGCUGAUCAGAACGAUCUUCAAGCUUUGAACAAACACAUGAUGUCAUAGAGGGGGAAUAAAAAGGCCAAGUGCAGAAAGAGAAAGAGAGAGAGAGAGAGAGGGAGAGAGAGAGUCAAACUGAUAAGCUGACACGCAUGUGCGCGCACACACACACACACACAAUUCUCUGAGGACCUUAUGGGAGAGUAUAAGGAGGAGGAGAAACAGUCUAGUUCUGCUGACACUGCUAACUGAGACUGAGUUGAGGAGAGAGACGACGCCGGCCAGAACUAAACAGACUCUGUAAAACUACUGAACAUAGACUAGGCUUCACCAGACCAGUAUAGCACCUCUGUCUACCUGUCUCUAGUUGUGUCUCGAGCUCUGUCUACCUGUUUUAGUUGUGUUUAGCUGCAUCUAGCCUGUGUCUAGCUCUGUCUAUCUGUAUCAUCGGACCUCAAGUUCAUCAGUCAAACAUGCAGGACCAUCACCACUAUUUCAGUAGCAGGACAGCCUUUGCAUGGUGUCUGGUGUCUCUGGUGCUCGCUCAACAGGUAAGAGUGAAAACCUUUACAUUUCCUAUACUGUAACUUCUAUUCAUUAUUUUGCAUGCUUGCGAGUUUAUGGAACUUUGGACCUGCAGCCAUUCCGAUGUAGAAAAUGGAAACAGUCAACAUGAUGACAUAUCAACGGUGUCUUCGAGCCCUGAUCCUUCUGCGGACGUCCAGCCCAACUCUGGUCAGCUCCAGCUGGGUCCGGGGCAGAGGGUACUGAGGAGGACGGCACGUAUGACCCCGCUGUGGAGGACCAUGGGUACUAAACCCUAUGGGGCGUACUGUCAGAACUACUACGAAUGCUCCACUGGAAUCUGCAGGCGUGGUCACUGUAUGUUCAGCCAAGCCAUCAAGUCCUAGAAGAGAUGACAGAGAAACAUGUUCAACAUUUUCCCAAUCAGUUCUUCAUGGACUUGUUCUCCAGGGAUAUAUCAUCACUCCCCUCAACCCUCCUUCUCCUCCACAGACCCAAUUAUUAGUUAUGGUAUGGCUGGUUUCUAUUGAAGAAAACCUCCAAGCGUAAGGGUUAGGAUUUUUAAUAAACAAGGAGUUUGGAAGAUUGUUUAUUAGCUUUUUGACUUCACCAAAGUCGAUGAUAUGCAAAAGGUAUAUCUCUAGUAUAUGAAGGGUUGCGAUAUCUUAAAUCAGGCGUAAAGAUAUUCCUUAGAGCAGGACUCUCCAACCCUGGAGUGCUACCCUCCUGUAGGUUUUCGCUCCAACCCUAGUUGUAACUAACCUAAUUCAGCUUAUCAACCAGCUAAUUAUUAAAAUAAGGUCCGCUUGAUUAGGAUUGGAAUGAAAAUCCACUUAUCUUUCUUUUUCUUAUGCAAGGUGAUGGUUUGACUUGAUGUUGUAUGUAAGCUUUUUGACAUUACCAAAAUGGAUGCCACACGGGUUUUUGCUUGUCAUACAGGUGACAUAUGAGGUUUCUAAUAUUUCUACUAAGAUUUCAUAUGGGUGACAACAAAUCAUAGUGCCUAAACAAAUCAAAUCAAUAAAAUUUGAUUUGUCACAUGCACCGAAUACAACUGGUGUAGACUUUACCGUGAAAUGCUUGCUUACGAGCCGUUCCCAACAAUAAAGAGUUAAAACAUGUAAUAUUAACACAAGUGGAAUAAAAUAAAAUACAAGAAUGGA